AAGACUUUUAGUCAAAUGAGUAAUCUCAAGAGACACCAGAGGAUCCACACUGGGGAAAAUCCCCAUAAAUGUCCUCAGUGUGGAAAGACUUUUAGUCAGAUGUCUCAUCUCAAGGCACACCGGAGGAUCCAUACUGGAGAAAAGCCCCAUCAAUGCUCUCAGUGUGGAAAGGCCUUUAGUCAUAAGGGUGAGCUCAACACACACCAGAUGAUCCACACUGGGGAAAAGCCAUAUCAAUGUUCUACAUGUGGGAAGGGUUUCAAAAGUAGCAGUGAACUUACAAUCCACCAGAGGACACAUACAGGGGAAAAGCCAUAUCAUUGUUCUCAGUGUGGAAACACUUUUAGUCAAAUGGCUAAUCUCAAGGCACACCAGAGGAUCCAUACUGGAGAAAAGCCCCAUCAAUGCUCUCAGUGUGGAAAGGCCUUUAGUAAUAUGUCUGAUCUCAACAAACACCAGAGGAUUCACACUGGGGAAAAGCCAUAUCAAUGUUCUACAUGUGGGAAGGGUUUCAAAAGUAGCAGUGAACUUACAAUCCACCAGAGGACACAUACAGGGGAAAAGCCAUAUCAUUGUUCUCAGUGUGGAAACACUUUUAGUCAAAUGGCUAAUCUCAAGACACACCAGAGGAUCCAUACUGGAGAAAAGACGUAUCAGUGUUCUCAGUGUGGAAAGGCCUUUAGUCAAAAGGCUCAUCUCAAGGGACACCAGAGGAUCCAUACUGGAGAAAAGCCACAUCAGUGUUCUCAGUGUGGAAAGACCUUUACUCAAAUGGGUACUCUCAAGUUACACCUGAGAAUCCAUACAGGUGAAAAGCCACAUCAAUGCACUAUAUGUCGGAAGAAUUUCAGGAGUAGCUCGAAUCUCACCGCUCAUCAGGUCACACAUACUGGGGAAAAGCCCCUUCACUACAGUACAGGUGGGAAGAGUUUCAGAGGUAGCUCACAUCUCACCGCUCAUAAGCAAUCGAACACAAGGAAGAAAACACAUGACAAAACCUUUGCUGCACCUUCUGCUCUUGCAAUUCAUCAACGAACACACACUGGAGAAAAGCCAUAUCAAUGUUCUCAGUGUGGAAAGGCCUUUGCUUUAAAGUGUCAUCUUGCAAUUCAUCAACGAACACACACAGGAGAAACGCCCCAUCAAUGUCCUCAGUGUGGGAAAGCCUUUAGUCAAAAGGGUAAUCUCAAGAAACACCUGAGGAUCCACACUGGAGAAAAGCCUAAUCAGUGUACUACAUGUGGGAAGGGUUUCAAAAGUAGCAGUGAACUUACAAUCCACCAGAUGAUACAUACUGGAGAAAAGCCACAUUUGUGUUCUCAGUGUGGAAAGGCCUUUAGUCAAAAGGGUUAUCUCAAGAUACACCAGAGGAUCCACACUGGAGAAAAGCCAUAUCAGUGUACUACAUGUGGGAAGGAUUUUAGGAAUAGCAAUAGUCUUACAAUCCACCAGCUGACACAUACUGGGGAAAGGCCAUAUCAUUGUUCUCAGUGUGGAAAGACUUUUAGUCAAAUGGCUCAUCUCAAGACACACCAGAGGAUCCACACUGGAGAAAAGCCAUAUCAGUGUACUAUAUGUGGGAAGGGUUUCAAAAGUGGCAAUGAAAUUAGGAGUCACCAGAUGACACAUACUGGAGAAAAGCCACAUCACUGUUCUCAGUGUGGAAAGACCUUUACUAAAAUGAGUCAUCUCAAGACACACCUGAUGAUCCACACUGGAGAAAAGCCAUAUCAUUGUACUACAUGUGGGAAGGGUUUCAAAAGUAGCAGUGAAUUUAAAAUCCACCAGAUGACACAUACUGGAGAAAAGCCAUAUCAUUGUUUUCAGUGUGGAAAGGCCUUUACUAACGAGGGUAAUCUCAAAAAACACCAGAGAAUUCACACUGGGGAAAAGCCACAUCACUGUUCUCAGUGUGGAAAGACUUUUAGUCAAAUGGGUAAUCUCAAGACACACCAGAGAAUCCAUACUGGAGAAAAGCCCCAUCAAUGCUCUCAGUGUGGAAAGGCCUUUAGUCAAAAGGGCGAUCUCAUCAGACACCAGAGGGUCCAUACUGGGGAGAAACAACAUGAAUGCUCCCAUUGUUUCAAUACCUUUGCCUCACCUUCCGCUCUUGCGAUUCAUCAACGAACACACACAGGAGAAAAGCCCCAUCAAUGUUCUCAGUGUGGAAAGACUUUUAGCCGUAUUUCUAGUCUCAAGAUGCACCAGAUGAUCCAUACUGGGGAAAAGUUAUAUCAUUGUUCUCAGUGUGGAAAGACUUUUAGUCAAAUGGGUCAUCUCAAGACACACCAGAGAAUUCACACUGGGGAAAAGCCAUACCAUUGUUCUCAGUGUGGAAAGACCUUUACUGAAAUGGGUAAUCUCAAGACACACCAGAGGAUCCAUACUGGAGAAAAGCCCCAUCAAUGCUCUCAGUGUGGAAAGGCCUUUAGUCAUAAGGGUGCUCUCAACAAACACCAGAUGAUCCACACAGGAGAAAAGCCAUAUCAAUGUACUACAUGUGGAAAAGGUUUCAGAAGUAGCAAAGAACUUAGAAUCCACCGGAUGACACAUACUGGAGAAAAGCCACAUCAGUGUUCCCAGUGUGGAAAGACCUUUAAUCAUAUCAGUAAUCUCAAAAAACACCAGAUGAUCCAUACUGGAGAAAAGCCAUAUCAUUGUUCUCAGUGUGAAAAGACGUUUCGUCUAAUGGCUCAUCUCAAGACACACCAGAGGAUCCACACUGGAGAAAAGCCAUAUCAGUGUUCUCAGUGUGGAAAGGCCUUUACUGAAAUGGGUAAUCUCAAGACACACCAGAGGAUCCAUACUGGAGAAAAGCCCCAUCAAUGUUCUACAUGUGGGAAGGGUUUCAAAAGUAGCAGUGAACUUACAAUCCACCAGAGGACACAUACAGGGGAAAAGCCAUAUCAUUGUUCUCAGUGUGGAGACACUUUUAGUCAAAUGGCUAAUCUCAAGGCACACCAGAGGAUCCAUACUGGAGAAAAGCCCCAUCAAUGCUCUCAGUGUGGAAAGGCCUUUAGUCAAAAGGGCGAUCUCAUCAGACACCAGAGGGUCCAUAUUGGGGAAAAGACACAUCCGUGUACUCAGUGUGGAAAGACCUUUAAUCUCAAGCAUCAUCUCAAGAGACACCAGAGAAUCCAUACAGGUGAAAAGCCGUAUCAGUGCACUAUAUGUGGGAUGAGUUUCAGGAGGAGCACUCAUCUUACCAGCCAUCAGACCACACAUACAGAAGAGAAGCCACAUCCGUGUCUUCAGUGUGGAAAAGGCUUUAAUCUCAAGCAUCAUCUCAAGAGACACCAGAGUAUCCAUACUGGGGAAAAGCCACAUCGGUGUUCUCAGUGUGGAAAGACUUUUAGUCAAAUUACUUAUCUCAAGGAACACCAGAAGGUCCAUACUGGAGAAAAGCCAUAUCAUUGUUCUCAGUGUGGAAAGACUUUUAGUCAAAUGGGUAGUCUCAAGACACACCAGAGAAUUCACACUGGGGAAAAGCCAUACCAUUGUUCUCAUUGUGGAAAGACCUUUACUCAAAUGGGUGAACUGAAGAGACACCUUAUGAUCCACACUGGAGAAAAGCCAUAUCAGUGUACUACAUGUGGCAAGGGUUUCAAAAGUAGCAAUGAAUUUAUAAUUCACCAGCGGAUCCAUACUGGAGAAAAGCCAUAUCAGUGUUCUCAGUGUAGUAAGACCUUUAGUCAAAUGAGUCAUCUCACAAUUCAUCAACGAACACACACAGGAGAAACGCCCCAUCAAUGUCCUCAGUGUGGGAAAGCCUUUAGUCACAAGGGUAAUCUCAAGAAACACCUGAGGAUCCACACUGGAGAAAAGCCCCAUCAAUGCUCUCAGUGUGGGAAAGCCUUUAGUCACAAGGGUAAUCUCAAGAAACACCUGAGGAUCCACACUGGAGAAAAGCCUUAUCAGUGUCCUACAUGUGGGAAGGGUUUCAAAAGUAGCAGUGAACUUACAAUCCACCAGAUGAUACAUACUGGAGAAAAGCCACAUCUGUGUUCUCAGUGUGGAAAGGCCUUUAGUCAAAAGGGUUAUCUCAAGAGACACCAGAGGAUACAUUCUGGAGAAAAGCCACAUCAUUGUUCUCAGUGUGGAAAAACGUUUAUUAAAAUGAGUCAUCUCAAAACACACCAGAGGAUCCACACUGGAGAAAAGCCAUAUCAUUGUUCUCAGUGUGGAAAGACUUUUAGUCAAAUGGCUCAUCUCAAGACACACCAGAGGAUCCACACUGGAGAAAAGCCAUAUCAGUGUACUACAUGUGGGAAGGAUUUUAGGAAUAGCAAUAGUCUUACAAUCCACCAGCUGACACAUACUGGGGAAAGGCCAUAUCAUUGUUCUCAGUGUGGAAAGACUUUUAGUCAAAUGGCUCAUCUCAAGACACACCAGAGGAUCCACACUGGAGAAAAGCCCUAUCAGUGUGCUACAUGUGGGAAGGGUUUCAAAAGUGGCAAUGAAAUUAGGAGUCACCAGAUGACACAUACUGGAGAAAAGCCACAUCACUGUUCUCAGUGUGGAAAGACCUUUACUAAAAUGAGUCAUCUCAAGACACACCUGAUGAUCCACACUGGAGAAAAGCCAUAUCAUUGUACUACAUGUGGGAAGGGUUUCAAAAGUAGCAGUGAAUUUAAAAUCCACCAGAUGACACAUACUGGAGAAAAGCCAUAUCAUUGUUUUCAGUGUGGAAAGGCCUUUACUAACAAGGAUAAUCUCAAAAAACACCAGAGAAUUCACACUGGGGAAAAGCCACAUCACUGUUCUCAGUGUGGAAAGACUUUUAGUCAAAUGGGUAAUCUCAAGACACACCAGAGAAUCCAUACUGGAGAAAAGCCCCAUCAAUGCUCUCAGUGUGGAAAGGCCUUUAGUCAAAAGGGCGAUCUCAUCAGACACCAGAGGGUCCAUACUGGGGACAAGAACCUAGCCAUAUCAAUGUAA